AUGCAGAGCGAUACCUUUCAGCAGAACCAUCAGGAGGUAACCAGCGGGCUACACGGUGCCCACAGCUACACCAGGCUAGCAGCCUCGACAGCAGCAGCAGCCCCAGCAGCCUCAGCAGCAGCCUCCGCAGCAGCGGCCACCGAAGCAGCAGCCUACGCAGCAGCGGCCCCCGGAGCAGCCUCCGCAGCAGCCUCGAGCAUGGAGCAGCCUCCGCGACAGCCUCGAGCAGCCCCCGCGACAGCCUCGAGCAUCGAACAGCCUCCGCGACAGCCUCGAGCAUCGAGCAGCCUCCGCGACAGCCUCGAGCAUCGAGCAGCCUCUGCGACAGCCUCGAGCAUCGAGCAGCCUCUGCGACAGCCUCGAGCAUCGAGCAGCCUCCGCGACAGCCUCGAGCAUCGAGCAGUCUCCGCGACAACCUCGAGCAUCGAGCAGCCUCCGCGACAACCUCGAGCACCGAACAACCUCAACACCAAGCGACCUUCUCCUCGUUUCCCACUUCGACGAACAACAGUAGUCACUGGGACUCGGAGAAGAGAACGCGAACGAAGCCUCCGCUCGCGAGCGGAGCCUCUCCUGGAGAGAGAUCAAUAG